UUUCAUAUCCAAUUACAAUCGGCUCACGAAUUAACUAUUCAUUAACCAACCAUUCGAUCAUUGCGCAUAUUCAAGUAUGUAUUCGACUACGUUUUUUAUUAUUUUAAAUUAUAUUUCAAUUUCUCUUAGUGCGAAAGUGACAUGGUUACCUAAUACGAGCUUCAAUUUGCCGAAUAAUUUUAAGGAUGGCAAACUACCUUGUUCAAAACAAACAGUUAUAUUCCCAGAAAGUCUUGCUAACGCGAUCCAAAUAGAGUCUGGUACAUCAGUGGGCGGAUUUGUAUUACCACUGGAAGGAGAACUGAUUUUAGCUGAAGGCUUAAUUGAACUUGGACCUUUUGCAGAUGUAAAUUGUACGAGUGAAAGCAACUCGUAUUAUACGGAGAAGUCUAUCUCACUUUGGGCUCAACCAGAUGUGUGGACCUCGACUAAAUUUAAUAAGGCAACUCCAGAUGCUGAAAGGGUUCCUUGUUUUGAUGAUGUAGCUGAAUUUCCAAGCAAUACUGAUUUUACAGUUAUUUUACCAGAUGAGACUCAGAGAAUUCAAGGAAUCAAAAUAAAUGGUGAAAAUUUGGAUACAGUGCAAUUUAAAGAUUACGUCACAAAACAGUCAGAUCAAACUCAGCAGUUUGUUCUGAAUAAAAACGAAGACACUGGAAUUGUUAUAGGACGAGGUCAUUGCACGUCACUGGCAGGAUGUCCAUGUCAAAAUAAUAUUUUGUCAAUUGAUUGCUCAGCAAAAUUUUGCCCUAUACCUUCCUGUAUUAAUCCUGUUCAACCUAUUGGACAUUGUUGUAAGAUAUGCGGAGGCAUUAUAGCUUUUGAUAUCGAUCGAAGUUUUGAUAUAACAACAUUUAAAGAGCAAGUGGGAAGAACGAUCGAUAGUUUUGGAGAAAACAGUUUGAUUUAUCACGUUGGAAGACUUCCACCAAAUAAAGUGCAGCUCGUUGUCGUCGACAAGAAUGAAUAUAGUGGAACUAGUGCUGAAGUCGUUAAUACUAUUGCUUAUAACAUGGAGAAACACAUAGUUCAUCAGAUGCAGAUUAGUGGGAGCCCUCUUUACAGAUCAGGCCUGGGAGGAAAGAUAUUUGUGUCAAUGUUUUUUACAGUCAUUUUAGUAAUGGUCGGUAUAUACAUUUACUAUUAUAGAUUACCAGAAAUUAGAUUCCCAUUUAUAGGGCGAAGUCACCCCAGCUUUUUUUCAAGGUUUGAUCGUAGAACUGAGAGUGUGGUUUCUUUGACUAGAAGAGAUUCAGUUGCACCAAUAGGAUCUAGCAUAGGUACUGCCUUUAGGAAUCCGUUAUAUGACUCAAAAAGGAAGAAUUUAAUUGAAGAGUCAGUUAUGGAGGAAUAGGAAUGGUAUUAAAUUUUUAAUCAUA